AUGAGCAAAGAGCUGGAGCAUCUCAUCCCCAUAGAUUUCAAAAACAUGGUUCAAGUUCCCGAUUCCCACACCUGGCUCGACUCCCCCUGCAUCAACAACUCUUGUUCAAUCGACGAAUCUGUUCCCUUGAUCGAUCUUGAGGACCCACAAGCUCUCGAGAAGAUAAAAAAGGCUUGUGAAAAUUGGGGUGUUUUUCAGGUGACCAACCACGGCAUUCCAAUGGAGCUUCUUGCCCAAAUUGAGCAUCAGGCUCGUCGCUUCUUUGAUUUGACGAGGGAGGAGAAGCUCCUCACUCUGCGCUCGCCGGACAGCCUCAACGGCUACGGCAUCAUCCACGUUUCACCCAAUUUUAACACUCUCAUGUGGAUGGAAGGUUUCACCCUGUCCGGAUCGCCGUUGGAGCUUGCACGCCGGGUUUGGCCCAAAGAUUACACCCCUUUCUGGUAA